CGACGCAAACCAAUAUUUAAUAAAGACCGGUGCCUUUAUUAGUGAUGUCAAGAUCUCUAAAAAAGGAUGGGUUAUACCCGGUCAACGUUCUCAAUUCUUUGAUAUCACUCCUGAAAACUAUACACUUCAAUUGCAAGCUAUGACAGCAGAAAAACUCGAAUUCAAUUUACCUGCUGUAUUUACCAUUGGUCCAAAAGAUGAUGCCAAAAGUUUAGAAAAAUAUGCUAAAUUAUUAUCGAACAAAGAUAAAAAUUCAGAUCAUGUUAAAGAUUUGGUUAGAGGUAUCAUUGAAGGUGAAACAAGAGUUAUCGCUGCUGCUAUGACUAUGGAAGAAAUUUUCCAGGAGAGAAGAGGAUUUAAAGAUAAAGUUAUUAAAAACGUUCAGGCUGAAUUAGAGCAG